AUGAAGUCUGGUUUCACGUGGAGGAGAGGGGUUGAAGAAGACUCAGAGGAACCCAGCGACCUCGAGCAAGACCAAGCCGCGAAGACGAAUCCGAGACCGCCGAAGAAGCAGAGAACAGCCGACGGCCUCUCAGGCAGCGCGACCCAACCAGGUAGUGCCAAGGGAGGGAACGGGGCCGUGGCCGCCUUCUGCCUGAGGUGCGUGAGGCGUAUGAGCAAUGGAACCUUUGGGGAGAAUCCCAGCCUCAAACAGCCGUGUGGUGGCCCGCCGCCAUGCCCGGCGUGCGGGCAGAAAAAGGGUUCGGAUAACGUCAUCGGUGACCAUCCGGACGCGAACUCGACCUUGAUCAGUCUGUUGAGUGACAUGCACGCUGCCCAGGAGGCGUACGUCGAAUCGUUAAAGGCGGCGUGGGAAGACGACAUCACUCUCGACCUCGAAGGCCCCGUCGCGCCAGUCAGCGACAAGGUCUGCGUGGACCUAGGCACGGAGGAGGGACGCGAAGCUGACGCUUGGGUUACCAAGGCCGAGUCCCAGGACCUCCGCGCGAGCGCAUCCAAGGUUUGCCAGCCAAUACUCCCCCAUGCGAGGAGCGCGUAUCAGCUGACCCCAAGCACCAAGGCACGAAAAGCGGCGAUGGAUUUCGCCACCCGGUGGAUGCGCUACCACAAUGCGAGCAGAGAUGUGCGCUCGUCUGCGUCCGUCUUUGCCGAGCUUCAGGGCUCCUACGCAGACUACGUGACGCGAUUCAAGUCGGCCUGUUUGGCCAAUGACCAGUUGCUGCACGACAAGACCAUGCGUGAGGCUGCCAAACACUUCCGCUCUGUCAAGGGGGCUCAGAGGUCGCGCGACGGAUGCCAGGCCCGGCUUGACGAGGCAUCAACGGCGCUGCAGAAACUCAUCCGCCCCGCGUUACCGCAGGGUAGCAUACCUGGACCCUCGUAUGCUUCCGCGUAG